CCUCACAAUCACUUACCAAUCUUAUUCCAAUCCUCACAUUCCAAAAGAACAAGAUCAAAAGAAUAAUCACGAACAUGCCAUUUUCUUAAAAGUAUCUGUACGUCUUAGGCAGUAAUCCUUCAAAUAUCAAAUUUGGUUGUAAAAUUUCAACCAAAGAAUCACAAAUACACCAUCUUCUUAAAAGCGUGUGUGUAUCUUAGGCAUUGAUUCUUCAACUUCACAUCUGCUUAACAUUGAAGCUAGCUAGCCCUCCAACAAUGGUGAAGAGUGAGCCCAAGAUCAUCCAGUCAGAGCCAAACAAAGCAAUGCCAUCAUCAUCAUCACCAUCAUCACCACUGCCACCAUCAUCAUCAUCCUUGAAGAAGAAGUAUAAGGGAGUGAGAAUGAGAAGUUGGGGAUCAUGGGUUUCUGAGAUUAGGGCACCAAACCAGAAGACAAGAAUAUGGUUGGGCUCUCAUUCCACGCCAGAGGCAGCUGCUAGAGCCUAUGAUGCUGCUCUCCUAUGCCUCAAGGGCUCCUCAGCCAAUCUCAACUUCCCAAUCUCACACUACCAACUUCCAUCUGAUAUUACCAUCUUGUCCCCUAAGUCCAUCCAAAGAGUUGCAGCUGCUGCUGCUGCCACCACUCCACCACCAUUGCCGCCGCCACCUCCUCCCUCUUCCUCCUCCUCCUCUUCCUCCACCUCCUCUGCCUCAUCGCCGUCCUUGUCAUCUUCUCCCUCCAAUCAUAUUGAGGAUGACUUCUCAUUAGUAUCAUAUGGAGCUGAUCAUGAACCAUUGUCAUUGAUCACAUCAUGGUACAACUUUGAUUCACCAAAAUACAUUGACAUGAUCAAUGGGACGUUUUUCGAUCCAACAGUGAUGGAAGAUGUCUGCGAAGAAGGCGAUAUUCGGCUUUGGAGCUUCUGCUGAUCAUCAAUUCAAUCCAAAUCUGCGAAUCAAGACAACCCAUCUCCUAUUUUUGUUUUUGCUUUUUAAUUUUUUAUUAUUAUUUAAUAUUCAUUGGAUGAUCUUCUGUUUAUUGCUUGAAGACAUUACUAACAGUGACAAAUACUCAUAUAUAUGAGUAAGGGAGAAGGAAUUCACAAAGAGAGAGUGACUAAUUUUUCAACUCUGUCAUGUGAGUUUUCUAGUUAUUGAAUUUAUAUGUAAUUUCUGCAAGUGUGUCAUAUGCAAAUGUGUCAUAUUCAUGGUCUAUUUUGUGUAAUAAGGAUAUUUUAGUUUUAUCAUUGUA